AUCUCUCUGUUCUGUCCAGCCUGCGGAGGUGAGCAUCUUGAAUCUCCGGACAGAAAAUAUCAAGGUUUGCCCUGAAUUCGUAAAGACCGGAUGGGCUCCUCUGAGCUGGGCUGGAAGGUCGAAACUCCGCAGAGACUGAGCGCUGCUGCCAAACUGCUAAGUGCUGUUACUGAUGUUUACCAUCGUGAUGGAGCGGAGGAGUUCAGUCUCGAACAGCAAUCAGAAAGCCGUGCUGCACUGGUGGAGGAGGCUGAGAGGCUGCUGAAAAGCAGGGCUGGGACAGGAGACACGCAGGCCAGCUUCCUUCUUGGACACCUCUACUAUAAGGAGGGUCGCUAUACAGAAGCUGGGACCGUGUUUGAUAGCAUUAAGGAUGAAGAAUCUCAAGCUCUCUACCAGCUGGCUGUAAUGUACUAUGAUGGCCUUGGAACCACAGCAGAUCCAAGCAAAGCAGUGGACUACAUGAGAAGAGUGGCGGAGAGGGAUGGAGGCACUCUGAGAUACACAGCCUUAUACAACCUGGGCAGGGCCUACCUGGAGGGGUACGGAGUUCAGGCCUCCAGUGCAGAGGCAGAGCGGUACUGGCUCAUGGCAGCAGAUGAUGGAAACCCCUAUGCCAGUGUCGAAGCUCAGUGCUCUCUUGGCAUGUUCUAUUCCAGCCCUGAAACUCAAGAUCUCAAAAAGGCUUUCUUCUGGCACUCAGAGGCGUGUGGUAAUGGCAGUCUAGAGUCGCAGGGGGCACUGGGGGUGAUGUAUCUGUAUGGAUAUGGUGUAUCUAAGGACCUGCAGGCUGCUCUGUACUGCCUGAAGGAGGCUGCAGGGAGGGGUAAUGUCUAUGCCCAGGGCCACCUUGUAGCCUACUACUACUACCUAAAACUCUACACUAAAGCAGCAGUUCUAGCGAAGAGGAUCUGCCAAUGUGAAGAUAUCAGUGCCAUAGCGAAGUGCACAGGCUGUGUCCCUGAGUAUAUCAGUAAAGGCAUCACCAUCGCCCUCUUCUAUUAUGCACGCUGUCUACAGCUGGGCCGAGGUGUUCCACAGAACAGAGAGAAAGCUCAGCACUAUUACACAAAGGCAGCCCUGAUGAACCCAAAAGUGUGUAAAGACCUACAGAUGGACAUCAUUUAUGGCAGGAUUUAAUAGAUGUGUCCAGCAAUGCUUCAGUUUCUAAAGACCUUUAGAAAGGGAGUAUGAGCUGGAGUAUCAGGCAGCAUAUUUGUAACCAUUCCAUGUAAUAACUUUCUGUGAUGUAGUUUUUAGAGGCGUUAAACUUUUCAGACGCCUGGGUUCUUUUACCACCACUGUACAAUUAUCUGUCUAGAAAAGCCACCACGAUGGAGAAUUCCCAUCCACAUUCAAGUCUCUAUCCAAAAGGACAGUGAAAUUAGUUUUUAAGGGGUUAUUUUAGCUGCCCCAGCGAGGAGGGCAGUAUAACAUUUAAAACAGCUUUUAAACUGUCCACAUAAAUCGAUAUUUAACUGUAUUUAACUUGCUCUGAUAGGAAUUUUAUGUAAAUUCACAAUGCAUGUGGUGGGAAAGAUUAUCUGGCACUGAAUGGGGAAGUUGGAGGUAAGGACGGGGGUGAGCUCAGGGUUAAGAGUGUUCUUGUUUUAUUCUUAGUUCAUUUCAUUUUCAUGCAAAAGCAAAUCAUGCAACUUCUACAGUCUGUUGAGGACUUUACAUGUCAUCACAGCAACUAUAGCCAUUUUAUAUGCUAUCCAGUGAGCGUACAUGUGUCUUCUGAGGUUUUAUAUGUAAUGUUGGUAAUGGUAAA